UUUUCCUCAGGGCAAAAAUACUCCCUCUCCACCGAGAGGCCAACUGUGUCCGGUGACAAAAUAAACAGCUUGCGGCUGCUGCUUACAGAGAAUUAAGCGAGAAGAUUGGACCCAUUGUUAUCCGGACGACGAGUCACUUGGUUUCACUCGAACUACGUUACAGACUUCCUUCUCAACUAACACCACCUCCACCAUGACUGCUGUUGUGAGAGGUGCUGCUGGCGUGCCUAUCCGAGGCGCUGGCGAUGGCAUGGAAACUGAUAAACCGCCUGCCAUCCUGGAGGUAAUCACAGAUACACUGACACCAGACCUGCCUGCAGUCCCCCUCCUGAAGGUGGCAAGCCCAAAACGUAGCCCCAAAUCUACCCAUCCUGCACCUCCUGCAGUCCCCCAGCCUCGUGGGGUGCUCCACCUGGGCAAGGUGAGUAGAGAGGCCUGCACAGAGGUGGAGGCGGUGAGGAUCGUUGUCCCCCGUUCUGCUAUUAGCCGGUGCACCCGCGUAGGACCUACUGAGGGCAAAGGAGAGGCUGGGCAACAGGUUGAAGAGGUCUCUCCCUCAGUGCCUCUGGUAGAGGACUGGAGAGUACAGAUGGAGAAGCUGCAGAACUCUGAACGCAGGCUACUGCAGGACAAGGAAGGCCUUUCUAAUCAGCUCCGUGUGCAGACAGAGGUGAACCGUGAGCUAAAGAAACUGCUGGUGGCCUCGGUGGGGGAUGACCUUCAGUACCACUUUGAGCGUAUGUCGCGGGAGAAGAACCAGCUGAUUCUAGAGAACGAGGCUCUAGGCAGGUGUCUGGCACACACCGCAGAGCAGCUGGAGCGAAUGAGUAUCCAGUGUGACGUUUGGAGGAGCAAGUUCCUUGCCAGCAGAGUGAUGGCAGAGGAGCUGACGAAUGCCAGAGCUGCUCUGCAGAGACAGACCAGAGAGGCACAAGGAGCAAUUCAGGACCUGCUGUUGGAGAGAGAAGAGUUCUCAAGAGACAUGGUGCUCACUCACAGAUCUCUGGAGCAGCUCUUGGUGUCUCUGCAGUGGGGACGACAGCAGACGUAUUACCCCAGUGCACAGCCCCUCAGCACAGGAGAGCUAGCCGUAGCCAACUACAAGCUAGCAGAUGCCAUCAACUCACACCUGCUGGGAAACACCACCAGCAUCAGUAGCAGCAGUGUGGUGAAGAGCAGCAGUUCAACGGCUGAACAGCUGUGCAGCACUCCAGCUGAGAAGAUGGCUGAAAAGGUUCUGAAGAUUUUAGAUCCAAUUUCCUGUUCAGAAAACAAGCCAGACCCUCCGCUCAGUGACUCCACCCCUGCAAACUUUCUCAGCAAUAAGAAGAGCAUCGGCAGGUUUCACCCAUAUACCCGCUAUGAGAACAUUACUUUUAACUGCUGUGAGCGCUGCACUGGAGACAUCCUGGUGCUGUGAAGGUCAAAGAGCGGCAAAAAGUCCACAUCUGGCACCAAUGCAGCAUUAAAUUUUAUUUCAAAAGACUGGAACCUGAGCAGGAGUUUUGCUCUGGAGGAUAUUGCUGCUCUGUGUUGAGUGACUUCUUCAGUCAACACUAAAGGUUAGCUGCUCCAGCAGACGUAUUCUGCAUCAGUAUGGUUUUUUGCUGCUCAUUUCAGUGCAUUGCAGUUUUGAUUGUUGGAUUUCCACAAUUUUAGUUUAUUUUUUUACAAUUUUAUCAGCCUGCUGUUUAUUUUGUGCUCUCUUUAACUUGAAAAAAGUGAAAUAAGAAAAUUGAAAUGUUUAUUCAGAGAUCACGUCAUGUGAAAGUGUGAAAAGAUAAUGCAUUUCAGAGCCAUAAAAGCCUGGUUAAAACUA